GUCAGACUCACUUCCUGUGUCGCCACCUUCUUUGUCUCCGGCCCAGUAUUUCGACAUAACGGGUUGCCUGUUUUUUUUCCUGUAAUUUUGAGGAUAUAUUUACACAUAUAUCCUUAAUUUUCUGAUAUUGAAUGACAGUCGAAUCUGAAAUAUUUAUGCCUAAAAGUAAAGCGCCUAAAAUGGAUGACCUGGACUACAUCCCAGUGGACCUGAGCCCAGAGGAGCGCUCAGAGCUGGAGGACAUCCGCAGGAGGAAGGGCGUCCUGCUGCAAGAGAUCCAGAGGCUCAGAGAGGAAUUAAGAGAGGCUAUUUUAGAGGUGGAGGGACUGGAGACCAGCACAGAGGGCAGUAAAACUCUACAGAAAAGUCGACAUGUGGCAAUGGGAAGAAAGAAGUUCAACAUGGACCCUAAAAAGGGCAUUGUGUUUUUAGUGGAAAAUGAGCUGCUCAGACACACACCAGAGGACAUUGCUCAGUUUCUCUACAAAGGAGAAGGCCUCAACAAGACUGCUAUUGGAGAUUACCUUGGAGAAAGGGAUGAUUUCAACAUCAAAGUUCUUCAGGCUUUCGUUGACCUCCAUGAGUUCACUGAUCUCAACCUCGUGCAGGCCCUCAGACAGUUCCUGUGGAGUUUCCGUUUGCCUGGUGAAGCUCAAAAGAUUGACAGAAUGAUGGAGGCCUUUGCUCAGAGAUACUGCCACUGCAACCCUGGCGUCUUCCAAAGCACCGACACAUGUUACGUGCUGUCAUUUGCUAUCAUUAUGCUGAACACCAGCCUUCAUAACCCGAAUGUGAGGGACAAACCUGGAGUGGACCGCUUCAUUUCCAUGAACCGAGGCAUCAAUGAGGGGGGAGACCUGCCAGAAGACCUGCUCAGAAAUCUGUAUGAAAGCAUUAAAAAUGAGCCCUUUAAAAUCCCAGAGGAUGAUGGCAAUGAUCUGACGCACACCUUCUUCAACCCCGACAGAGAGGGGUGGCUGCUCAAACUUGGGGGACGGGUGAAAACUUGGAAAAGGCGAUGGUUCAUUCUCACAGACAACUGCCUUUAUUACUUUGAAUACACCACAGACAAGGAACCACGGGGAAUCAUUCCCUUAGAAAACCUCAGCAUCCGCGAAGUAGAAGAUCCAAGGAAACCGAACUGCUUUGAGCUGUACAUUCCCAACAAUCGUGGUCAGCUCAUUAAGGCGUGUAAGACGGAGGCUGAUGGGCGAGUAGUGGAAGGCAACCACAUGGUGUAUCGUAUCUCCGCCCCCACACCUGAGGAGAAGGAUGAAUGGAUCCACAGCAUCAAAUCUGCUGUCAGCGUGGAUCCCUUCUACGAAAUGCUAGCAGCCAGGAAAAAACGUAUAUCAUUGAAGAAGAAGGAGGAACAACCGUAAAAGAUUCCCUCAUUCAUUCUUUCCCUGUCUUCCUUUUUUCUUCUCGCCUCUCCUUCCAACAUGGGAUGUGUAUUUGUCCCUACCUCUUGCAGCCUUUCUUAAGUUUCAUUUCCCCUCUUUACCUGUCCCUUAGCAUUUCCUCUUCCUGACACGAGGACUCCUUGCUAUCCUGUCCAGCAGAUCUCUGCAGGCCACAUUCAGAGUGUUGAACUUGUCUGCUAUGGCCGCCUCUGAUAUCUCUCACUUCUGCUGUUAUGAAUAGCCUGACACACUACAACCAGAGCACACAUCUGUCCCAUCUUUCACCACAUGCCUCUUUUGUUCAGCAUUUAGGUGACCCACGAAAUGUGUCUUAACGUCAUAUUCACACUAAUGUGGAUAAUUUCAAAACAUAGUUUUCCUCCUUUGGCUUUUGAUCCACUCAUAGCUUCCCUCAGUGUCUAGUCUUGCAAUAAGAAAAUUGUCUCAUUUACAAUGCUGCAAGGCUUUUGUGCAUCUUAAUCCAUUUCUAAGCAUCUUGGCUUGCUAUUGCACUUUCAUCUCUGCUCUGUUAAAUCCAUAAAACGCUUAAACAGAAGGAAGUUGCUGGCUGGAACAGCUCGUGCAUGCCUAAUGGAAAAAGACAACAUUGUAAUUUUAUGUUCUUUGAGGCUUUCACAAUGAUUAGAGUAAGAUUAGAAAAUGCUAGUGUGGACCAAAAGCCUCCCAAAUGCAUAUCUUUGAGAUUUAUCUCCAUUAGUGUGAAAAUGGUCAGGGUAGCAAGCAGCCUCAGUUGUCUUUUUACACAAUUAAUGCUGCCUAAAAUGAAGUAAUUGCCUUUCUUAAUUUUGCAGACCAUAGAUAAAAUGUGAAUUAAAGUACUAAUGAAUUAGUUUUUUUUAGUUAGUGUUGGUCAGAGACAGCUGACGAAUGAGUCAAAGACAAAAACGAACAAAGUGGCAAAUAACUUUAGAUGACUGAGAUGUACCUGUUGCUUCCUUUAGUCCUCUUAAUGGCUUUAAAUACACAUUACUACUGUCAACACGUAGAUACUGUGAGGAAAAUGUCACUGUUCAUCACUGAUUUCACUUAUAUCACCAAGUUACUGUUGCUCUUACACUACGGCAAAACAUUCUACUCAAGCAAAGACAAAGAUAAACCUUUCAUUCGUAUAGCUGAAAGUUGAGGUGUAAGUGGCAAUGUUUGUGUGUUUUUAAACAUGUUUGAGAAACAUCAGUGUAGAAGACCACCUCUGAAGGCUUGUUAAAGGUUUUUUUUAACACUAAACUGAGCAAUGACCGUCUUGUCUUCUCAGACGUAAUGUUGGCAUGACAACGUGAACACCGAAAUCCAUCUUUCUCUUCAAUAACCGUCAGAGCCGAACUGUCCACAUAGUGAGUUCAAGAAAUCACAAAGGCAGCUCAUUACAAUGUAUACUUUUUGUAAAUAGAUGUUAGCAUAUUUGUUUAUGAUACACAUAGAAAUGAUUUAAUUUAUUCUUUAUCUUUUGUUACGUCUGAUUUUUGUACGAGCUACUGUAGGACUGCAUGUUGAUAAACUGAGGCAUCAGUCGCUAGUGCACUGAUUUGAGAAGUGUUAGUGUUCCCUGUUGACUUGAGGAUUUUACAGUUAAUUUGAAAGUGGAUGCAAAUUUAGUUCUGCUAAUAGAUUAUUAUUACUUCAAAUAUUGGAGAGAUAUUUUGUAGUAUGAUUUCCCCCUAAAUGCCCUCAUGAUUGACUAAAUCAGACCCCGAAAAGCACAAACGGAGUUAAACUUAUGUCCAGUCUGUGCUUCCUCAGCCCAAAAGGUGUGAGGAAGCUGUUCACAACUUGAAAUGAUAUAUCCUCAUCAUACCACAGAACAUAAGCUGAAUGAUUUCAAUGUUUUAAAAAUGAAGAAACCACAAACAAGGAACACUAAUAAACCUUACUAUUACCAGAUAUAAUGAAUCAGUAAACAUUUUAGAUUUGUGUCCAGUGAUAGAUUUCCAGACAUCCAGCUCAUCAAACUCCUGCAGUUUGUUGAACCGGCAUUUUUAGAAGGUAGGAAAAAAUAGCAGCGCUACAAUAAUUGUCUACUGCACUUUAUCAAUUAUGGCAUUUUUGGAGAAAUGCUGUUACUUUGACUGACAAUACUCUGCUCUGUAGCACCCUCUGUUGGUGAUCACACACACUGCAAUAUACUGAAGUAUGAAUCAUGAACUGUGUAGAAAUAUAACGCCAUUGCCUGGUCAGUUCCAGCUGCAGCAGCAGCUGUUGGGUGUUCUGACCAACAUGUACUGUAUUUGUUGAACUUAAAGAUCGUGUUGCAUGAAGCUGAAUGGGGUCUUUUCUCUGUGAUCGAAACACAUAGACCUUGUUUUAAAGACACACCAAGCGAUUGAUCUUUCAAUUAUGGACCUAAGAUUUUGCCUUUUCUUCUCCCACUUCUUUAAACUGACACAGGCCAAAGUUAAUAUUUCUGCUGGCCUUCAAUUUCUGGGUGUUUGUGAUGUGCGAAGUUGCCAAAAAACUGUCGGUACAACAAGUGUUUCCAUUUAACGCAAGUAUGAACACUGAAAUGAUCUGAAUCUGGGCCUCUGUUUCUGAUUGUCUGACCCCAGGACCACCUCUAUCAGAAAUGUGUUUAUUUUGUAUUUAUUUAUUUUUACUUACUGUGAGGUGAAGAUGGAUAGAUCAUCUGUAAAUGUAGCAAAAGGAAAACCAUGAUACAUUGGUGCCAGUAAACUACUGUGUAACAAUAAAGGGUAAACAGAU